CUCUGUCAUCUUUGCUUACCUAAAUAUUGGUUUGAUACUGCUGUUGCAUCUCGAUCGAUAUUAUGAGGCUAUUCAGCAGUUUACUAAAGUCAUUGAAAUUGAUCCUCUCAAUGUUCAAGCCUAUGUAUGCAGAGCGCAAGCAUAUCACAAGGAUGCUGUGGAAAGCUUUAAAAAAGCAGUGAAGCUCUUGAUGACCUCAGCAAAAAUUCUGCCUAAUACGUUUGAGGCUGCAGAAAUGUAUUAUCUCACAGGCCUGUGUUACAUGGAGCAAAAAAGUUUAUUACAGGCCCAUGAUGCUUUUAGUAUGGCUAUCAGACUACAUCCAAGUUACCCUGAUGCUUUUUAUCAGCGAGGGCUGUGUAGAAUGCAGCUCAGACAAGCUAAAUGCAUCCGAGAUUUCAAUCGAGCACUUGCUCUUUGUCCAUCACAUUUCCAGGCAUAUAUGAGUCGUGCUGCUUACUAUGGGAGUGAAGGUAGAUACUCCAAGGCAAUUCUGAAUUGCAAUGAAGCGAUCAAAAUUCUUCCUAACAGUGAGCGAGCUUAUUUUUACCGAGGAACUUUAAAGUAUCAAAAUAAGACAUUUAAAGCUGCAGUUGAAGAUCUUUCAAAAACUAUUGACCUCAACAAAACCUGCAUUUUGGCAUAUUAUAACAGAGCUGUCUGUUAUCAUCAAACAAAGGACUUCAGAAAGGCUUUGAAAGAUUAUGGAAUUCUUCUUCUGCUUGACUCGAAUAAGGAAAUAGCUUUUAAAGUGUUAAUUAAUCGUGGACUGCUGUACGUGGAACUUGAUGAUUAUGCUAAUGCAUGUGAGGGUGGAGUUGGUCAUAAUAGAUCAGAAAAGAGGCUGAGGAGGUACAAAUUGGACUUUAAAGAAGCAACAUUGCUUAGUCCAGAUGACAGCCAGAUCUUUCAAGCUAUUGGAAUCUGCUGUCAUAGACUUCAUGAGUUUGAAGAAGCUGUGAAAUCAUUUGACCGGGUUCUCAAACUAGAUCCUGUUUCUGUGGAUGCCUAUGUUGGACGAGGAAAUUCGUACAUGGAAAAUGGAUAUGAGGCUGGUUGUAAACAAGCACAGAAAGAUUUCUUGAGAGCAAUUCACCUGAAUCCAAACUGUAUAAAAGCCAGAAUUUGCUUAGGAUACAGCUUGCAG